AUGUCAAUUGUUAGCAAAGAUCCUGACCAUAGAAUCAAUGGUUUUCUUGAUGAACUUAAUUUCUCACUGACUGAUGAGUGGAUUCAAGAAGAAAACUUGCGAAAAGCUGCUUUUUCAAAGUUAGGCGAUAAUAUUUUUAAGAAUCAAAAGAAGUUGAAACUUACCGCUAGAAUGGGAAUACCUGCUACGAUGAGGCAAGAUGUAUGGUUGAUGGCUUCAAAUGGCAAACAAUUAAUUGAUGAGUUAGGAAAUGUCUAUGAGAAUGCGUUAUCUCUAGUAAAUCGCCAAUUAAAAUCAAACAAAGUUCACGAACAUUCGCUCGAAGAUCUAUUUAGCGGUUCCGCUUACAUCAUCAAGUUUUUACCUGAGAAAAUCCAACCAUUAGUUAAAGAAUUUCUUAGAGCUAUCUGGGCAACAAACAAAGGCAUUGAAUAUUCCCCUUUUCUUCCAGUAAUUGCCGUAAUAUUACUUUUAUUCAUGGAACCUCCAGCAGCAUACGCUUCAUUACAAGCAAUGAUACGUCGAUCUCAAGAAGACAGUUGGUAUUUUACACUCAAUCGAAAGAAUUACUACAAAAAUGGUGUUGCAAUCGAAAAGUUAUUAAAUAUUAAGACUCCAGAUGUUGUUUCGAAAGCAAAAUCUCUUGGUGUUGGCAUAGAUUUCCUUAUACUCGCAUUACUUCCUUCAUUUUUCAUUCCGAUAAGUCAAUUACCAAUUGCAUUAACAUUUUUCGACAGUUUUAUUGUUGAAGGAAGGAAAGUAUUGCUCCGAUUCAUAACAACUAUAUUCAAGAUCAACUCAGAUAUUCUUUUGAAGUCAAAUUCACCAAAAGAAUUCGUAACAAUCAUCUUAGAUACAUUUAGUGGUUUUUCAAAACCACAAAACUUGCGAACAUUCUUGAAAGAGAGUUUCAGUAUAUACAUGAGUCGCAAGAAACAUCUAUUUGGUCUUGAACGCAUCGAAACGGACAACAACAAAAUUUCAGAAACUAUCAAAAACACUAAAAUGAUUGCAUCGAUAUUUAAUGACCAAAUUCGAGGCGAUUUCAAUCCUCUCGACUUCCCUCGGAAACUUAAUUUGAAUGUACUAUCAGAUCUUGCGAACAUCAUUCCAUCAGAAGAGAUUGUUAAAUACCAAAAGAAUGUACAGAGGAAAUUCAACGAAAUCGAGAUAAUUCACGAAGGUCGACUUCUCGACACGAAGAACUAUUUCGUUAUUAAAGAAUACAUUCCUUUCAUAUACUUGAGACAGAAUCCUUCUCUGUCUUAUUCACUUUCUAAAGAUGGAACAAUUCUUCAGACUCUUUUGAACGAGAUGAAGAAGAAAGGUGCACAUAUAUUGAUUAUUAAGACAGACAAGUCAAUCAUCGGAGCUUUUCUUUCAGAUCAGCUCGAAAAGACAGGAAGUGUUUACUCAAGAAACACUUCUAAUUUUGUUUUCCACAUCAAGGAUUCAACUAUGAAGUGCUACAAACAUCCUCGUCCUCCAAACAAAGAUUACUUAUCUGUCGAUGAUGACACAAUAAUGAUUGGCGGUCCAAAUCCAGCAAUCAUCAUCGGAGACAGACUUGAUAAAGUCCGAUCUUGCAAAUGUGAUACAUUUGACUCACCUCAACUCACUCUCGAACCAUCUGAAAACAUCCUUGAUGUUGAACUAUACAUUCUUGAAAACUAA